AUGCUACAACUCCACCUUGUGACUAAUAAUAUACUGCAUGCCAGUGUAAGGUUUCCGGUGUUAUGGCGACCUGGAGCAUACAUUUUUGUUUGCAGAAGAAGAGUUUGGGCUGUGCUGUGAGGUAAGCCAAGGCGACUCUCCCAUGUGUUUGUGUGGGACUGACUAUGCUGUUGUCGAUAGCACUGGUCAUGGUCUGUACUUACACUGUGGUAGCUGCCGAGAAGGCUGAGAACACCAGCCACAAACCACCACUCCACUACAGCAGCCUCUCGCUGCCACAUGACCAUAUCCCCUACUUCCUUCACACUAACAAGAGAGUGGCCAGGCUCUGUCGAGAGGACCUGCUCUGCCCUUUUAAAGAUGCUCUGCUGGAUGUGUCGGCCUGCUGGGGGUAUGAGAAGAACUGUGCCCCAGAGAACCGCUUUGGCUAUCCUGUCUGCACCAAGGUCGACUCUGGAUGGGCCAGCUCAGUGGAGGCAGCCCAGGAGCUGUUCUGGAAACAGGCAGACUUUGGUUAUGUCAUGGAGCGCCUCAGUGAGAUGAAGACCCUCUGCAAGGCCACCAAUCCUGGAGAUUCGUCUCUGAAAUGCUCCAGCCAUACUCGCUUCUGCAGGGCGACCAAUCUGUACCUCGACCUAAGGAACCCUCGCAGAGGUCAUGAGAGGUAUAAGGAGGACUUUCUCCAGGAGGGGGAGAUUGGGGGGCGUUGCAGUCUGAACAGUCGAGCGCUGGCCACAGAAGGAGAGCACAAGAGCCCUCUGCAGUCCUGGUAUGCUGAACUGCAGACCUACACAGAGCUGGACUAUAACACCACAGAUGAAGAGCACUGUGACAUCAUCAUUGAGAAACCUACUGUAUUCAUGAAGCUUGACGCAGGGGUGAACAUGUACCAUCACUUCUGUGACUUUGUCAACCUGUACAUUUCCCAGCACAUCAACAACUCCUUCAGCAGAGACAUCAACAUCCUCAUGUGGGACACGAGUUUUAAUGGAUAUGGGGAUCUGUUCAGUGAGACAUGGAAGGCUUUCUCUGACUAUGACAUUAUCCAUCUGAAAACAUUUGACUCUAAAAGGGUGUGCUUCAAAGAUGCCGUGUUCUCCCUACUCCCCAGGAUGAGAUAUGGGCUGUUCUAUAACACACCUUUGAUAUCUGACUGCUACAGUGAAGGGAUGUUCAGGGCCUUCUCUCAGCAUGUUCUAUAUCGACUCAGCAUUCCACAGGAUGGACCCAAGGAGGGGAGGAUUCGGGUCACGUUGUUGGCACGCAGCACAGACUACCGUAAGAUAUUAAACCAGCAUGAGCUCAUAAAUGCCCUGAAGACUGUGCCUCUACUCGAGGUCAGAGUGGUGGAUUACAAAUACAAGUGCUGUGUGUGUCACCUGUCUGUCUGUCUGUCUGUCUGUCUGUCUGUCUGUCUGUCUGUCUGUCUGUCUGUCUGUAGGGACGUUCCAUUCCUGGAGCAGCUCAGCAUUACCCACAACUCUGACAUCUUCAUCGGGAUUCACGGGGCAGGACUUACUCACCUGCUCUUCCUCCCUGAUUGGGCCGUCAUCUUUGAGCUAUAUAACUGUCAGGAUGAGAGCUGCUAUCGAGAUCUGGCUCGGCUGCGGGGGAUCCGAUAUGUGACUUGGCAGAAAAGGGACAAAGUGCUCCCAGAAGAUAAGGGUCACCAUCCCACCCUGGGGGAUCAUCCUAAGUUCACCAACUACUCUUUUGACGUGGAGGAGUUCAUGCGUCUGGUGCUGGAAGCAGCGGACUACGUCCUGCACCACCCCAAGUGGCAGCCCCUGCCCAGCCGUGAUGAACUGUAAGCCUGCAGCAGGACAAGGACCAAAGGACAGUUUGGUGAAGUCAAACACAUGACUAAAACACAGCCGUCUUAAAAAUCUAAAAGUAUUUUUAACACUAGAGUUGUUGUAUAUUAUGAAGGUUAAAUUUAAGUUUACAACAUCACAUUUUAGCAAUUUAUUCUUUCAUUUUUUUCUGCAGUGAGUCUUUAAAACAGCCUUAUAGGCCAACACAGCCCAAGGUGCAUCUCAGUAGCGAUAAUAAGGUGAAAUCAAAUGGCCUUGGCAAACCUUAUGAGUACCUGCUACCAUUUCCCUUGUUAGAGAACAGUAUAUAUGCUAUACAUACACUCCUUACAACAAUUUGUAUUACAUGCUGCCACUGGUAGUUGCCAGAAAGAUGAUUUGUUUACUUUCUAAAACAAUAUGCUUAUUUUCUGCAUUUUCUGAUCAAAGUGGUGUGUUGUACAGUGCCUUGCAAAAGUAUUCAGCCCCCUUGGCGUUUUUCCUAUUUUUUUGCAUUACAACCUGUAAUU